ACCAAUGUGUUUGACAGACAGAAACAAAGACAGUUAUAGUGAGGAAUUAUAAGCAGGCUUAUAGGUUAGUUACGCAUAGUAACUAAGACAUUUUGGAGUAGCAUGAAAUGUGUAUCAGAAGGAGGAAUAGAAGAGAAUGAAGUGCACUUUAAACUCAGUAGAAGAAAGUGACACUGGAGUUCAGCCUGCAGGGAUUCGGAUCCUCCGCACAUUUCAGAUGAAGAAUAAAUUGGUCCGAGUCGGUUUGGCAGAAACCCUUAGUACUUAUGUCAUGAUGGUCUUUGGCUUGGGCUCUGUGGCCCAGGUGGUGACUGGUGGUGGGUUGUUUGGGGAUUACCUGAGCAUCAACCUCGGUUUUGGCUUAGGUGUCACCAUGGGAGUGCACGUUGCCGGCCAGGUAUCAGGUGCCCACAUGAACACUGCCGUCUCCUUCACCAUGUGUACAUUUGGCCGUCUUGGCUGGAAGAUGCUUCCUCUCUACAUAACAGCACAAAUGCUGGGCUCUUUCCUGGCAGCUGGAAGAGACUCAGAAGAUGCAAUGUUUAAGUUCUGCAGCGGUAAUUUCACUGUGUCUGGGCCAAAAGCCACAGCUGGAAUCUUUGCGACUUAUCCUGCGCCAUACAUCUCCAUCCAUGUGGGCUUCUUAGACCAGGUGCUGGGCACAGCCAUGCUGCUGCUGUGCCUCAUGGCCCUAUCGGACCAGCAGAACUCCGCCCCUGCUCCCGGCACUGAGCCCCUGCUUGUCGGGCUUUUAGUGCUACUCAUUGGUAUUUCCAUGGGUAGCAACAGUGGCUAUGCUAUUAACCCUUCGCGGGACCUGGCACCCCGUGUUUUUACGGCCAUGACUGCCUGGGGACAGCAAGUGUUCAGAGCUGGAAACGGCUGGUGGUGGGUGCCAGUGGCAGCCCCUCUGGUGGGAGGGCUUUUGGGAGGCGUGGUCUACAAGCUUUUUGUGGAGCUGCAUCACCCACGGGAGGCACCUAGAUGUACAGAAAGUGGUGUAGAGUUCCUGGAUAACAGGGGUCACCCAGGGGAGGCUAUACAUAUGGACAAUGAUGAUGCUGUGAUGCUGGGGCAAGUGUGCCUAGGAACAGGAGAGUAGGGUAUGAGUAUGGAGCAGGGGCAGUAAAGUAACAUGUCUGUGUUUAUAGAUGAUUCCAUCUGUAAUUCCAACUGGGACCAUUAGUGCCAAACAGCCUGCAUGGGUAUGGAUGAUGCUUUUGGCUUCGCCUCCAGCUGAGGCUAAGAAAAAAAACAGGCUUUGUGCAUCUGUAAAUACUAUUGCCAUAUGCUGCCCAGAAGCGGAGAAAUGAGCUCCAGCCACAUGAACAAGACGUGCUUCCUGAUUUAGGAACACAGUCAGAAGCUGCUUUCUGUUAAGGUGACCUAGCAACACAUCUGCAAAAGUGCAAGAGCAGGUACAAUGGAAGGGCAGGGUGACUGGAGAAAAGCACAUGGUUGUAGAGAGAGUCAAUGGCCUAGCUUCUACGAGGUUCAAAUGAGGUCUAAGUAUUUAUACACUCAACACAACCACAUGAACAAAUAUGAACAGAGACCACGAACCAUUUGAAAUUAAUUAUGAGAGAUGCUUAGAAUAGCCCAUUACCCUGAACAGAAUGAGUGGUUAGAAGAUGAAUAUGCUUGGACUGUUAUGUUCAGCACUCGAGAAGCUUCUGAAGAUGGGCACCCCUCCCAACCGGGUGCUACAAACAGCGAUCAACCUGGUCCUACACAUUAUGGAAAGUUGACGUUUGCUAUGUUCUUCAGGUGAAGAGACCAAUUUCAGCAUUUAUCAGAUAGCGUGACAAAUGCCCUUUUAUCCAAAACCAU